UCAAGGCUAGCUAUGGUUUGAAGCUCUCUUCCAAAGUUCCCAUGGCGAUUCUCUCCGUGGGGAUGGAGAAGUCCAUGAUUUCUCGCGAUCCUUGCUGCGACGCCGCCAGAUCGGGGCUUAGGAGCGGCUUCUUGGGGCAUCGAUCGAGCGGGGGGAGGUGGGAGUCGCGGCGGCGGCGCGGCGGGCAUCGAUCCAGUGCCCUAGUCGCGGUAGCAGGGAUGGAUUGGAUGGAUGCAUUCCACGGUAUUGUGAUCGGGGUUGGGGUUGGAUUGCCUUGCACGGUGAUGGAGUGUGGCGAUGUGGUGUAUCGGAGCACGCUGCCCAAAUCCAAUUCCUUGCAGGUAACAGGGCCCGGCGCUGCUUUGGCGGUGCUCGCAGUCACUUAUUUGUGGGCGACUCCUGGUGUAGCUCCUGGAUUCUGGGACAUGUUUCUUCUAGCACCGAUAGAGAAGAGGCUCCGGCCUUCUUACACAAAGGAUGACUUUGUCCUGGAGAAGAAGAUUGGAGAAGGAGCGUUUGGAUCCGUCUACAAAGGAUCGUUUGCGAAUCCUCAAAAGAAGUCGUUUCCAGUGGUGGUGAAAAAGGCUAGUGAGUAUGGAGAAGUGGAGGCUUGGAUGAACCAGCGUGUGCGACGGGCAUGCCCGGGCAAAUGUGCUGACUACCUUGACGGAUUUAAGAUGAGAGUCAAUCCAAAGAGGAAGGAGUUUUGGCUUGUGUGGCGUUACGAAGGUGUGGCGACUCUCGCGGACUUCAUGAGUAGCAAGGAUUUUCCUUACAAUGUUGAAAAGGCGUUGAGCUUGAAGACUACACUGCUUGCCAAAGGUGCCGAGCGAGAAAACCAGAUCAUCCAGUCCUUACUUCAAGAGCUAUUGAAAUGUUUGAGGGGGCUGCACGAUACUGGGAUUGUUCAUCGCGACAUAAAACCGCAAAAUAUCAUUUUCUCCGACGAGUCGAAGUCCUUCAAGAUUAUUGAUCUCGGCGCUGCUACGGACUUGCGAGUUGGCAUCAACUACAUUCCGCAAGAGUUCCUACUGGAUCCAAGGUACGCUGCACCUGAGCAGUACAUUAUGAGCACUCAAACUCCCUCGGCUCCAUCGCCUGUCAUUGCAACAGCACUCUCUCCAGUUCUAUGGCAGCUGAACCUGCCGGACCGCUUUGAUAUCUACAGUCUCGGAUUGAUGUUCUUGCAAAUGGUCUUUUCGAAUUUGAGAAGCGACAGUGCUCUCAUCCAGUUCAACCGGCAGCUGAAGCGCAUGGACCACGACUUAGUUGCGUGGAGAGACUUGGUGGACGCUCGGCCAAAUGCGGACGUUCAACGUGGAUUCGAGAUUCUGGAUAUGGACGGAGGAGCUGGCUGGGAGCUGCUCCAAGCGAUGAUGCAGUUUAAAGGUCGCCAACGUAUCAGUGCCAAGGCUGCUCUCGGCCACCCUUACUUCGUCAAGUUGGGACUUCUCAAGGCCUCGCCCGUACAGACACUGUGGCUGGGCUUGAUCAGAUUUGCUCAGCAGGAUAGAACGCAAGCUCUCCAAUGGGUGCUGGGAUUAAUGGCGAAGGGAUUCACCGAGGCCGAGCUCGAAGAACUGCGGGAGCGAGAGCCAAAGAAGAAAUCGACCUUCCAGAGAAACGCGCUAGCAUCGGCUUUGCGAUUGCAACGCAAGGUUGCUCAAACUGUUGCUGCUAGCGUGGACGAGAAGAUGGGAAAGAGAAAGAUCUGGUGGAUGGAGACGAUUGAUGAAACACUGGACGGACUCGAGACCAAGAAGAAAAGUUUCUGGUGGAUCUGAUUGAUGGCUGGCAGGCCAUCUCUGUGUGCUCCACCCACGCUCUACAUGAAGUUAACAGGCAUUAAAAACGUGGAAGCACCGCGCUAUAGCCACACUAAUAGUACCAGUGUGAAGAAAAAGUUUUUAAAGACGAUGGAGUGUGUCUCCCAGCAUGGGUCACGAAAGAUCAUGGUCACACGACUCAGAGAUCUCGAUCGUGGAGUCCAUUUCGAGUUUGGUGUAAAAAAAAACUCUCGUAGUUACUUCGAUGA